AUGGCCUUACCCAGGGAAUUGGAGGCGACGUUUUCACCAGAAGAGGUAGAGUUUUUAGCAGGAAAUGAAUACACUGAUAUUGUUCCUUUAGAGACUAUGGAUCAGUUACCUCUAGUAAGCGCAACUAUACCCAUCAUGAAGCCGCCAAGAAAGUGCAGGGUUCCAUUAUGGCUAGCCUUGGAAUUAAAAAGACAGCAUCGUGCCAGAAUAGUGCCUCCAGAAUGGCUGGACCUUUCGAAUUUGCAAAGCCUACAGGAACAAGAAAUGGAAAUAGAUAUGUUUUCUAAAAUGCCAUUUCGAUGGUUGGAAACUGGGCAUUUACUUUUGAAAGCUUGCCCCGAUGACAUUGAAGAUGUGGAGGAAGUUCGACGAAUUCUUUUGACAAUCCGAGAAGCGAGACAGAGCAAGGCAAGGGCAGGUUUGGAAGCGGUAAACGAAGUUCAACUUGCUCUGGAUAAUUUGGGAGCUAUGGAAAUAAAUGAGAUUCGGCCGUUAUUCCGAGAAACGAUGAAUCGUAUGCGAAAAAUUGUUCAGGUUUCAGAGGAAGAAUAA